AUGCAUCUUUCAUCAUAUUUGGUCAUUGCCGGCCUUUCGACAAGCGUUCAUGCCUUCUAUCCCUGGGAGCUUAAGGUAGCGACAGGCGCCACUAUUUCUUCGCGCCAAACCGGUUUCCGUCGUUUCAUGCCAUGGAUCUUAGCCCCGGACAGCUCGGAUUCCGACAACGACAGCCAAGGCAUCACGCUCGAUAUCACCAAGGCUCGCCGUCGCCGGGACGAUACCUAUAAAAUUGUCGAGUCGGAAACCCCCACUUUGGAGAACAGUGCGGCAGUGAAUCAAGAUGGAGUGGACUUUUCUUACUUCGUCACCGUCAAGGUCGGUUCACAACAAGAAGAAAUGUGGUUGGCACUCGACACCGGAUCGCCGAGUAGCUGGGUAUUCAGCUCUAAGUGUACCACCGAAACUUGCACAAACCACCACACAUUCAAUAUCUCCGAAUCAAGCAGUUUCCACUCGAAUGACUCGACCUACAGCCUCGGAUACGGUAGUGGUCAGGUGAAGGGAGAUCUGGGUCAAGAUACCAUGUCGAUCGCUGGAAUGGAUAUCACUUUCACAUUUGGAUUCGCCGAGUCUGCAACCAAGCCAUUCGAUAGCUAUCCUAUUGAUGGCAUUCUCGGCAUAGGCCGAUCAUACACCGGUGGUUGGAAGAUCCCCUCUUUCAUGGAUAUUGUCGCCAAAAAGGCAGGGCUCAGCUGUAACAUUAUUGGGCUUAGCUUGUCGCGCGCCUCCGACAACAAGAAGGACGGCGAGGUGAAUUUCGGAACUGUGGACACAACAAAAUUUGACGGACAGAUUUCUUACACCACCACUAAUGCCGAAACCUGGACUAUCCCACUGGAUGACGUCUACGUGAAUGGCAAUGCGGCCAACUUCACUGGAAAAUCUGCAAUCAUCGACAGCGGAUCUACAUACGUCUUUGUUCCACCAGCCGAUGCUGUGACUUUAUUUGGUCUCAUUCCGGGCUCUAAGCAAUCCGGGGAGAACUACAUAAUUCCAUGUGACUCAACCGCCACUAUCGAAUUCGAGUUUUCUGGAGUCAAAUACACCGUCCAGCCAGAAGACUACAUUGGUUCAAAGGCCAGCUCGGACUCGGGCUGUCUCUCGACGAUAGUUGGUCACCAGUCCUCCGGAUCAAACACAUGGCUUCUCGGCGAUGUCUUUCUGAAAAACGUCUAUUCGGUGUUUGACUUCGAUAAUGGGCAGAUUGGCUUUGGAGCAAAGUCAUCGAAUUCGUCCUCGUCCUCUGGAAAUGGCACAUUUGUCGCUCCCAGCGCGACUGCGACCGGUCCUUCGGCCGCGGCCACUGAUGGCAGCUCUGAAGUCUCCACUGCGGCGAUUUCCACCACAACGCCAAGCUCAUCCUCGUCUUCAGCGACUGAGACCGACUCGCCCACUAUCAACUCCGCCUCGCGCAUGUCCGGCGGACUAGCUCUGUCAUUAGUGAUGACUUUUGCUGCCGCUCUUAUCCUUUAA